CUUUCACAUGGCCCCCGGACGGGGAGGAACGAAGACGCGGCAGCGGGAACGAGCGGUUUCUGUUUAUUUAGAUUAACCUGAGGGAAUGUCGUAUUUAAAAAACUCUUACAGUACGGUGGGGACUAUGACGAGGGCAAACAUGUUGUAAAUAUAAGGGGAGAGGCCGCUUUUAAAGACGGGGGGACGAAAAAGAGCUAAAGUGCGCCACGGAGGAGAUAAACACAAAAUGGCGGCGGUGGUUUUCCCCCUCACUCUUGCGCGUGCGCGGCUCUUUAACGGCUGUCGACAAUUCCUCGUCGCCGCCAAAAAAAAGUAAAUGAAUGGAUCGGUCCUAAUCCGCCCUCCCGGUCGCCGAACAGCCUCGGAAGCGCGAAACCAGAAGUAAACCGAGUGUCAAAGUGCUGCUGAAAGGUUUUGGGAUAUAUUUUUUAAAAAUAAUGAUUGAGGAAUGAUGCCGUUGGAACGUCUGAGAAAAGUGGCCAAGCUUGCUAAAACGGCCGGCUGUGCCCGCUUCCUCCACUGCAGUCCCCGCGCGUGGGAGACCUGUACCGCAGUGCAGAGCGACACAGCCACAGAAACGCCCAGGGCUGUGUUCAGGACCAGUGAAACAGACCCAGCAAAUCACCAGCAACUCCACAAGGGGCUGCACUACACCAUCCCACCCAGCGAUCUCAAAUCUGCCUUCCCUCAUGGCCUGCCACGGCGCUUCCAGCAACAGGUGAAGACUUUUGGAGAGGCGUGUUUGAUGGUCAGGCAGCCAGCACUGGAGCUCAUCAGUUAUUUGAAAGCAACCAAUUUCUCAUACCCUGCCAUCCGCUAUCUGAUCUAUGGUCAGAGAGGGUGUGGGAAAACACUCACACUGUGCAACGCUGUCCAUUACUGUGCCAAGCAGGGCUGGCUCAUUCUUCAUGUUCCGGAUGCCUACAUAUGGGUGAAAAGCCAUAAAGAGCUGCUGCAGUCAUCCUACAACCAGGCUCGCUUUGACCAGCCCCUCGAGGCCUCUGUCUGGCUUAAGAAUUUCAAGAUUACAAACGAGCGCUUCUUAAAGGAGAUAAAAACCCGGCAGAAGUACAUCUGGAGCAAGCGGGAGGCAACAGAGGAGGGGAGGCCGCUCGGUGAAGUGGUGGAACAGGGACUGACGAGGGUAAAGAGUGCUAGCGACGCAGUCGGAGUCCUGUUCAAGGAGCUGACGGGACAGUGCUCACCAGACACCUACCGCCUGCUGGUGGCCAUCGAUGGGGCCAACGCUCUUUGGGGACCCACCACCAUGAAGAAGGAGGACAGGAGCCAGAUUCUCCCACACGAGCUGACACUGAUGCACAAUUUGAAGAAGCUGGUGAACAAUGACUGGUGUGCUGGAGCUGUUGUGAUGACACUGACCAAGACUGGGGCGCUGGGUUCCUCCCACCUUUCCCAUCUACCCCACGAUCUGCUUAGAAAGGAAGGCUUUGAUACUCUGGACCCUUUUGUUCCGAUUGAAGUUGGGGAUUACAAUGAGAAGGAGUUUGAAAGCUGCUAUCAGUACUACGUAGAACGCAAGUGGAUCCAGCAUGAGAAAGCUCACACAGAGGAGGGGAAACAGGAGCUGCUCUUCUUGUGUAACUACAACCCAGGAAUGAUGGAUAGAGUCUGCAGCUUCCUCUAAGCCCUGGAGCAGGAGGAACCUGUCCAUUUGCUACAUUCUUUAUUUCUCUCUUGUCGACUGUGGAGUAAGAUGUCACUGAGUCUGCCCACCCAUCAGUCAGCGUUCUGCUCCACCAGCCACAGCAGCAAGCGCCGGUCACUGCCUGGCUCACUGAAUCGGUAGAGAUUCCCUGCCAGCCUGACGUGAGAUGUAAUCUUGUGAAGUAUCGCCUGGGCUGGGAGAGUCGUCUACCUUACAGACUGCAAUGAACGCUGUGUUCACUCUGUAAUGGAUCUCUGCAUCAGAAAGCUGCAAAACUGUAAUCCUGGUCUGCAAUAAACGCGGUGCCUGAUGUCUC